AUGUCUACGCCACAUGGCUGGAAUAGUCGUAUUUGGACCGAACAGAUCUUCCUGGCUCAUUUGAACGACCAGCAAAUAGUCGAAAUCAGAACCAAGGAGCGCAUGCCGCAGUCUUUCCGUGUUUCGCGCUCUUUGUUCUCUCAUUACUGUCCCAAAGCUCAACUCGCUCGUGCCGGCGGUCCAUUCGACUUUGAGACGAGUAAUCGUGGCGUUCUUCUUCAGUUUUUCAAGUGGCUACACACUGGAAAUAUUGCUGCAGAUGCCGACUGGUACAUGGCGACUGAGUUGUAUUUCAUUGCGGCCCAAGUCGGCUCGAUCGCACUGGCCAGAAGUGCAAUGACGCAAUUGCAAAAGGCUUGCAGAGAACCCAACAAAACUGACCUGUCUUAUUACGGUUAUAUCGCUGUCGUUGAAGACAUGGUCGGCACUGAAUCUGCUCUCUUCCGCUACAUCGAGGACACUUACUUCAACCACUGGAGUCCGGAUAGCGAUGCACACGACAAUGCCCCAGAGCAUGAGAAACCUGGCCUGUUUUUCAAGAAGCUCUAUGAGCGCUCGUUCAGAGAGCAAAGAGACACCGAGAACUGCUCAUGUCGUCAUGAUCAUUGCAGAUAUCACGACCACGAGAGUGAAGCGGAGCGCCUUGCGACUUGUGGCCAUUUGGCUUCUCAUACGCUUGUCGUGAACGCUUCAGUCCAUGACUCAACAAAGACAGUCGAGCCCGGUCUUCCAAUCCGAACUUCUCGUAAGAGCAAGGCAGCUGUGCGCAAAUCAAUGAACACUCUUCCGAUGUCAGAAGACGAAGACUCCCUGCUUCGCGAAACUCGGUUUACCGCCUCGCGUGCUGGUACACCAAGAGUGGACCCUGCCACUGGCUCUUGGCUUAAGGAGAAGUGCAGUGCUCCUGCCGACUUCCCUGACGAUUAUCAUGGAUUACUCACGUCACUACCCCAAGUCAAAUCAAUCAAGGCACCUGACUGCUUCUUCAACCAGUACAAUAUCACAGUUCGCAAUCGAAAUCAUUGGCUGAACACUCUCAAAUUUGGUGGCCCAAGACAGAGAGAGAGGGCCGGUAUGCUAUUGGCCAUGUGGGAGUGUUUAGGUUGGUUGGAAGGUCCUGAGGUAGUCACCAACAAGGAACUGGACUGUGUCCGAGGUACCGUCACAUCGCGGACCCGUCAACGAGCUUCUACGGGCAGCAACACCGCUUGGUCGCAAAAAGAGAAGGAUGCUGUUGGCAAAAUCAUGGGCGAAAUUGAGGAAGACCAAGCCUGCGUCAGUCUUGGCUUGCUUGCGCGCUCCAGACUUUGCGCCGAACGACUGAAGACUCAAUAUGGACACAUCCGCACCGACAACGCUGUCCAUGCAUACUGGUCGACCAGACGAGCGCUCGCUGAUCCAGUCGCACCUGAGGGAGUCGAUCAGGGGAACCAUGUCGUCUCGUCCACCAUUGGUGGUCAAAUCGCUGACGAGAAUAAGAGCGAGAACAACUCCCAACGCAGAGGAUUCGGAGUCGCUUGGACCGCGCAGGAAACUAAGGCCAUGUUCGAUUUCAUGAAUGCCUUUGACAAUGACCCGACUAUCAGUAUCUUCAGUACUACAAGACGAAACAUGCUGUGCAGUGCGCAUCUGAAGGCCACCUUUGAUACCGACCGCACUGCCGUUGCAAUUAACGUUCGGUACAACAGGGCCCGACGCGAAGCAGAAGCAGAAGCUCAAAUUCGCGACGCUCUACCCAACACUCACACCGACUAUACUGCUCUCCAGCGCGGUCCAGCUACAGUUGUCAAAGGUGCUACUCAACAUGAGUUGAAGACCCCUCUUAUGCGCAAACAAGUGAUCAGCACAACUCCAGCUGGCCACGCAGCCACCGGCAGUCCUGCCGCGAGCAGUAAUCACACAGACUCUGCUCACUUGACUGCGAUCGACCCUAUAACCAAGCGAUCAGAGCGCAGGACCGAAGAGGAGCAUGACACCAUGAUCAAGGUGUACAAAGAGAUUGAAGCCAGUCCAGCUUUGGUGAAUCUGAAUGUCCGCGAGCGUGAGAAGUUGUGUAGCGGAUCCCUGAAAGCUAGAAACGGAAUUGAAAGGUCGGCUCACAGUAUCAAAGGACGUAUGUCAAGAUCCGACCUUACGAAAGACACAUCGGCCAAGAGAGCCAGAGACGACAACAACAACGACGACGAUCUUGAGCCGUUGAUGACUCGUCAAAAGCGCAGACAGGGAAAGUUCAGAUUCGUCAACGAGCUGUUCGAUGCUGGAGAGGAGUGAUGGCCUCUGCCAAGACAAGACUCGGCGUACUUUUGGACGCGAAGGGCGACAUGGGCUUGCGAAAACCAGAGAAGCAUGUAGAUGACCUCUUCUGUAGACCAUGUUUUGUCGAAUCAAAGUGCGAUUCCUCAGUACUAAGUGCAAUUGGGAUCCUAACACUAUCCUGCGAAAUAUUCACCGUGAGUGUCGACCACGGCAGAGAGGUCGAUUGAGGCUUGCAUCUUGUUUGAGUCUCGAGAGGUAUCCUUUUUGGCCAAGUAGGGACCGGAAGUCUGAUGUUUGCUUGGACAGUAAGGCCCGGCUACCAGCCACAAAUAAGUCAGGUAAAAAAUAUCAUGUGUACUUCCAGGAAUACUGUGAGAAGAC